UCACCAAUCUCACCUCCGCCCGACGACCACAAGUCUCCGAUCCCCGGGGCUGUGUUAUUUUUUGGUAGAGACAGUUCGCUUGCCCGACGAACAAAGACACCCGUUCGGCAAUUGGCGCAGCACACCAUGACUGUCCUCAAGGAACCCAUCGCUGUCCGCCCCACAAGCCAGCACCGCCAUUCCAGCUCCAUGGCUGGCUCGCUCCCAAAGUCGCGCCCGCACUCGCAUUCAUUGUCUGCCGCCUCGAUGAACCCGGCACACCGCGUCACUCGUCGCAAGAGCAUGACCAACAACGCAGCCGGCAGCAUCGCAGCGAUAGCAGCGGCAGCCAAGGGCAUGUCCGGUGCGCCGCUCGACGCUCAGCAGCGCAGACCCUCAAAGCCCGCCGUGCAGUUUCGAGGACCCAACCUCAGCGGCAUAUCGUCCAUGGCUUCAAGUGUUCCGAGCAAUGGCUCCGCUUUCGCUCCUGGCAGCUACAGCGCAGCGUCCAAGUCCGAAGCCAUCACCGACGGCCCUCCCCUGGCCGCCAUGCCCGAGCACGAGAAGGCGAAUUCCAAGUCCAGGAUACGUCGUGCGAGCGAGGGCUCUCGCCUCAAGGUUGAGGGCAAGCGCACAAGUGGUAGCGAAUUGAGAUGUGAAAAAUGUGGUAAAGGAUACAAGCACAGCAGUUGUCUUACCAAGCACCUUUGGGAGCACACCCCUGAGUGGCAGUACACAUCUAAGCUCCUCAUCUCUAAGCACCAGCAGGUGCAGCUGCUCGAGGCAGCCUCUGUCCUCAUUGCCAUGAAUGCCGAGGCCGGUGACAGCGAUCACUCCUCGCCGUCGCCUCCCGCUUCGGGCACUUCUGACUUGCACGACGACUUGAGCUCCACCGACACUACCCCGCCCCCACAACUUGACGAUCAUGCCGUAGGCUCUUUUCCCCGCAACCAUUAUGCCAGCCGCUCUACCAAGCGUUAUUCUGCCAACAGCUCCGCCUACAGCCAAUCGUACCAGUCGACUGUAUUUUCUGAUAAUGGGCAAAAUGGCCAUUAUCGCCACUGGAGCAACGUGUCCGAUCGCCCCACCACUUCGGGUACCUCGGUUGCCGGCUCGUACCGAGACGAUGAAAAUGACCAGGCGGAUCUCGCCGCGGCUGUCGGUCUCCUGAGCUGCUCGUACGGCACGCCCAAGUCUGGUCCCGUCGCUCUUCCUCCUGAUGUGCCUCCGGUGCCGCCGCUCCCAGCCAAGUUUCUGGAUUACGGCAAUGGCAUGACCAUGCCCGGCAGCCACACUGUAACGGCACAACAGUCGAGUAUGCGCGGUAACCACUACCACCAUGACAAGGAUGUCGAGAUGGACGAAGAAAGCGAAGAUGACUUCCGCCAGUCCAACUCUCGCAGCCGCGGUCGCGCAGACGAAGACGACGACGCGUUCUUCGGCAGGAUGGAAGAAUGAUGCUGGCUCCCGAGCCCGUUUUCCUCCACGUCCGCCACGAUAAACACGACCUUGCCACUACCCUGCUAUGACCAUCGUCUUUCUUCGCUUUGCUUUUCCUUCGCGUUUCCGGCCUGUAACACAAACCAUUAGCAAUGCAGCGAUCUAUCUCCGCAGGCACGCCCAGCACCGCUUUCCGCAAGCACCGAUGAGAGGGUCGUC